AUGGCUGAUAACUGCAGUCUGAAGGAACUUUUGCAAGAAAGUACGGAAGAUUUGGAAGCGACUAUUAAAAUGAUAGUUGCGUUUGUUCUGGACAGGGAUCGAAGCUGUGGGUCACUUACAUCUCUUUGUGAAUCAUUCCGCAAGAAACAUGCUGAAUUAGCGAAACUUCUUGCCAAAGUACCUGCUCAUCAGGAAAGAGAGAGAGAAAUCCGAAGAUUGGAAGCAGAAGUUGAAGCACGCGACCGAAUUCUUGGAGAUUUACAAAAUCAGUUAAUGGCUGCGGAAAAGCUUGUAACUAAAAUGGUUUUUCAGGCUGAUAAAAAGGUGAAGGAAAUGCGUCAAUCGGAAGCAAACAGGGUAAAUAGUGAAACGAUUAUUCGUUUCGCUAAUCAGAUCAGUAGAACAUACGCUGUCGCUGCGCCACUUGGUUGGCAACUUGGCGAUACGUCUCGACCAUAUCCUACCGAGGCGGAGUUGCGUUUAUCCGCGUUGGCAGCGCCACGUGUAAUAGUGCAAGCAGCCCCUCCGGCUUUAUCUUUGCUUCGUCAACCUGCAGCUAGUACUAGUGGAAUGUUACGUAGUGGACGUGGUGCUUCACCGAUGACAUCAUAUUCGGCAGCUAUGCAACAACAACAAAAAUCAUGGAGUCCACGUGGUACAUUUGUUCAGCAGUCCUCUUCAUCACCUCGAGGUAGAAGUGCAGGUGGCCGCGGUAGCAUUAUAUCUCCACGCAUUGGUGCCGCACCAGGUGCAGGUCUUUUGCAGCGACGUCCAUCCAUGACUGGAAGUAGUCCUCAUUUAUCUAGUCCCUCAUCAUCCUACCAAGGUCCCAUCAGAGGAGGUCUUCCACCACCAAUAAGCAAUGUUGAACAGAUGAGCUCUGACUCAAGCAGUAGUUCAAGUAGUGAUGAGGGUAGUCCCUCUUAA